GAAAUGCCAGACCUCGCCAAUCUCUCUCUCUCCUCAUCGCUAGCCCUACCUCGGUGUCCGACUCUCAAGCCGCUCUCUCCCGACUCAGCCGCCGAGUCGCCACGCCCCGACUCGGUCGUCCAGGCUCUUGCGUUGACCACCAACGGAGACUGCAGUGAUGAUUGGGACCGGAGCUCGAGGCUCGAGGCUUGUAGCAAUGGAAAUGGGAGUGCCGUUAAGGUUGUGAGGCGGAGCCACGGCGCCGUUGUUCGAGCUAAGAAAGUCAGUAGUUUUGAGGAUCACGUGACGGCUUGGAUUCGGAGAAAGAUGGAAUUAGGAGUCUUGCCGUCAAAAUGUCACCUUCCGUUUCUCAUCAGCGCGAAGAAAAUGGUUGAAUGUCUUGUUUGCCAUAAGAUCAUCUACCCUGGGGAAGAGUUGUUAUGCACUGUUCGUGGUUGCCAAGGAGUUUAUCACUUAAUAUGUGCAAAGGAAAUACUUCGGAUCUCUAAUAUCAAAAAGUUCAAGUGUCCACAACAUGCAUGCUUCAUUUGCCGACAGAAAUUACAAUGGCGAUGUGUGCGAUGCGAAAUAGCAUCACAUGACAAAUGUGCACCAUGGUCAGAUAAAGUGAUUCAUUUGAAAGACCAACCUGGACGAGCAGUUUGUUGGAGACAUCCAGCAGAUUGGCAGCUAGAUCAGAAGCAUGCAGAGGCAACAUGUGAUAUAGAGGAAGUUUUCGCUCGCUUACCUCUACCUUAUGUGGAUGAGGAGUUCAAGAUUGACUUCACAUGGAAAGAUCUGACAGGGAAUAAAUUGGAGCCUCCUUCAUAUGUUCACAUCAAGCGCAAUAUUUACCUGGUAAAGAAGAAACGUGAUGAUUCUGAUGAUGGAAUCGGAUGCACAAGUUGUAGAUCUGAAUGCUGUGAUGACUGUGUUUGCAGGGUUCAAUGCAUUAGCUGUUCAAAGGCUUGUCACUGCGCAGAAACUUGCACAAACAGACCAUUCCGCAAAGAGAAGAAGACCAAAAUUGUCAAGACUGAAUUUUGUGGUUGGGGGGUGGAGGCUGCUGAACCCAUUAGUAAAGGAGAAUUUAUAAUCGAGUAUAUUGGGGAAGAGGCUGUGGGACAUGAAAUAUCGAGGAGUGAAGAACUUUUACAUGUGUGAAAUUCGAAAAGAUUUUACAAUUGAUGCUACUUUCAAGGGGAAUGCAUCUCGUUUUCUAAAUCACGGUUGCGAUCCCAACUGUAUAUUGGAGAAAU